AUGUUAAAUUUCCGGACAACUAUCCUCUUUGUAACGUUCGUCAUUACAAUACACGCCCAAUCACGCCAUAAGAGAAGAAAUUUCGGACAAACCUUAAAUCGCCCGCGAACAAAUGAACCAAACUACGUCUUCAUCCUGCCAGAAAAUAAAACUGUAGUGUUAAGAAAAAGUGACUUUGAUCAUGUGAUAUAUCCGAAUGUGACAAAUGUGAAUAAAUUUGUGAAAAAUAAGAAAAUUGUUAAAGACUUGGAACAUUCGGAAAGUGCUAAAAAAGAUUUCUAUGACAACAGUGAAGAAGAACUCGAAAAUAUUGUCAAGCAAAAUAUCCAAACAGAACGGAAUUUUGUGAAUUUUAUCGAGGAAAUGAAUCAAGAUUUAAACUCGGAAGAGGUAAAAGCGAAGCACAAAAAGAGCAGAAAAGAGUUUAAGAAAAAAAGUGAAACAAAGAGGAACGAAUGGGAUGAUCUUGGAUUGGAUGGAUGGGAAGGCGCGAUUGCGGAAGAGAAAAGGAAGAAUAACAAUACGAAACAUGAUCAAACAUCGUACGAAAUCGAAAUUUACACAGAUAAAGAAAACAUUCCCCCUCCCUAUCAACAUCACUUACCUUCUUCAACGCCGAGCUCCAAGCCAACCAAAAAACGUCUCUUGCCUCCAGGUUCGCAGGAAAUCACCGAAGACUUGCCCAAAGAGCUCCAAUUGCUCAUCCAAGAGGAACGUGAACUAUUCGAACUCAAACAUGGGCGAACGCCCGACGAUCAUCCGCAAUGGCCCAUCACAAGUAGUCGCGAUGCGCACAAAGACGAAGAUGUAUUUAUUGCGCGCGCCAAUAACCCGUUUGGGCACUCUACAAAAUGGAAAUAUAGCAAUUCAACGGCGCAUGAUGAAAAUUCAACUUCAGGCAGUCGUUCAAAACGAGGAGCAGUUCAUUUGUAUUCAAUGAUUAAAUGCGCUACUGGAUGCGAUCCGCUCGUUUUCAAAGGUUACGGAUGUUACUGUGGCUUUUUAGGCUCGGGAUAUGCUCUCGACGGGAUCGAUCGUUGUUGCAAAAUGCACGAUUAUUGCUACGAAACUGCUCAAUGUCCUUCGUUUUUGGAGUAUUUUGUGCCUUAUUUGUGGAAAUGUUACCGAGGAAAACCUGUUUGUGCUUACGAUCAUGGAGAAUAUGGAGGACCAAAUUCUUGUGCAGCUCGCUUAUGUGAAUGCGAUCUCAUCUUAGCUCAAUGCUUGAGACGAUAUUAUUGCCCUCAUAAGAGGAAUGUUUGCGUUUCUAACCCACUGAGGCUCAUCCAGAACUUGGCGAUGGUCUUUUAA